UGUUUACUGUAUUUUCCACUCCAGGGAUCUGAUGAAGUGGGUUAUAUCCCAUGAAAGCUUAUGCUCAAAUAAAUUCGUUAGUCUCUAAGGUACCACAAGGACUCCUUGUUUUUUCCACUUUAUAAGGAUAGAUUUUCAAAUAAAGAUCAUUAGUGCUUAAAAAUGUAUGGUGAUUUUGGGAUUUGGCAAACUUGAUGAAUCCCCAGAAAAUGCCUGAAUCCUUGAGAAUAAAUAACAAGAGGCCGUAAAUCAAAAUGGAUGGAAUUUGGUCCUUGUAUUUGUACAAAUAUUUUCUUUUGAACUUCAAGCCUUUCUACUAGCUGAUCAGUUGGGGGCGGAUCAGCCCCUCAGACUGUUCAUCUCUCAUAAUACUAACAAGAACUGAGACUGUUCUAGGCCUCAGAUACUGGCUGCACUUCCUCCUUAGCUACGGGAAGAACAUGGAAGUCAGUACGUAAUAACAAGCUUUCUGUGCAUUCCCAAGCUGGAGUCGCAUCCUCCCUCGUUGCACAGCUCUCGUCCAAGGACUGCCUGUGUCUCUCCCCCAUCAGCCGGAAGGUUGCAGCCAGGAGUCUGGAUCCAGAGUGUUUCAUUUCUCAUUUCAGGCUAUGUUUGACAUCGCUGUCUCGCUCUCCUGAGGAGGAGUGGGAGGAGCUAGCAGGAUGGCAGAAGGAGCUGUAGAAGGACGAGAUGAGGGACAACUACAAGACUUUGAUCUCACUGGGCGUGCUGUCACCAAACUAGAUGUUGCAUCCCUGAUUGAACAUGGGGAAGAGCCAUGUGUCCAGGCUCACCAGGAUUCGAGGGAAAGACCCCUUUCUAAAAGGGUCUCCUUUGCAGAUGAUGGAAUCAAGUGGAAGACUGAAGAGAAUCAUCAGCAGGGAAAUUCUGAGGGUUUGGCAGAGCACAGGAAUUUAUCACAGAGAGAGAAAGCAAAUAGCUCUGAUGUGGGAAAUACGUGUGAGGGUGAACGUGGGCCAGCCGACCAACACGGGAACAUAGGGGAUGAGAGCGUGGAGAAAUCCACUCCAAAUGAAAGACCUUUCAGCAAAUGCCAAAACAUUCCUAUUCGCACAGGAGAGAGACCCCAUAAAUGUACUGAGUGUGACAAAAGCUUCACUCGCCGCUCACAUCUUCUUCAGCACCAGAGAAUCCACACGGGGGAGAGACCCUAUAAAUGUACCGAGUGCGAGAAAAGCUUCCGACAGAGAUCAGAGCUGAUUGAUCAUCAGCGAACGCAUACGCAAGAGAAACCCUACAAAUGUGACAAGUGUGGGAAAAGGUUCAUUCGGAGCACACGGCUUAUUCAGCAUCAAAAUGUUCACAAUGGAGUGAAACCCCACAAGUGCCCCCAGUGUGAGAAAAGUUUUAGCUGGAUCUCCUCAGUUAUUAAACACCAGAGAGUCCAUACAGGUGAGAAACCCUAUAAAUGCCCCGACUGUGAGAAAAGCUUCAGCUGGAGCUCGACCCUGAUAAAGCAUCGGAGACUCCACACAGGAGAGAGACCCUAUAAAUGCCCUACCUGUGCAAAGUGUUUUGUACAGAGUGCAAAUCUUAUUAAACAUCAGAGAGUCCACACAGAACAGAAACCCUAUACAUGCGGGGAAUGUGAGGAAACAUUUUUGAUCAGGUCUCAUUUCAUUCUGCAUCAGAGAAUGCACGCAGGAGAAGAACUCUACAAGUGCGAUGGCUGUGAGGAGUGGUUUGGUCUUGUCUCGGACCUUCAUAAACAUCAGAAGAGCCACACAGGAAAGAAGCCCUAUAAAUGCUCUGAAUGUGACAAAAGCUUCAACAAGAGUUCAAAUCUUAUUAAGCAUCAGAGAAUCCACACGGGGGAGAGACCCUAUAAGUGCCCCGACUGUGACAAAAGCUUCAUUCAGAGCUCGCACCUGAUGCUCCAUCAGAGAGCACACAGGGGAGAAAAACCCUACAAAUGCCUGGACUGUGAGAAAAGUUUCCACCAGAGCUCCCAUCUCAUUCAACACCAGAGAGUCCACACGCAAGAAAAACCCUUUAAAUGUCCUGCGUGCGAGAAAAGUUUCAGCCGAAGCUCAGUGCUAAAUAAACACAAAUUAAUCCACGUGGGAGACCAGAGCUAUAAAUGCAGCCAGUGUGAGGAAACCUUCACUAGCAACUCCCGCCUUCUUCAGCACAAGAGAACCCACCAUGUGGAAAGACCUUACACAUGCCCUAACUGUGAGAAGAGUUUCAGUCGCAGUUCGCAGCUUAUGCUCCAUCAGAAAAACCACGCAGCAGAAAAACCUUACAAGUGUGCUGACUGUGACAAAGGCUUCGUUUACAGCUCACAUCUAAUUCAGCAUCAGAGAACUCACACUAGAGAACGACCUUAUAAAUGUCAUGUGUGUGAGAAAAGCUUCAUUCAGAGCUCACAUCUCCUUCAGCAUCAGAAAAUCCACACGGGAGAGAGACCUUUUAGAUGUAGUGAUUGUGAGAGAACCUUCAAUCGGAGCUCCAACCUUAUUAAACACCAGAGAACUCACACCAGGGAGAACCCGUAAGAGAUGCUUCCAUAUUAACUCCACGCUCUUGACGAUAAGAGUAUUCACACAGAAGGAAAAUCUUAUAAAUAUUCCAUGGGUGAGAGAACCUUCAGUCAGAAGUGUCAUGUUGUUGUUCAACUUCACUGUAUCAAACUGAAUUAAGGUCUCUAGGAAACUUGCCUUGACCUUCUUAUACUGGCAAGAGUUUUGCUGGUAUAAAUUAUAUCAGUUUCCCUAACAAUAUACCAUCCUGGCAAAUGGACUCAUUUGCUGAUAUAAUUAUGCCUACGCUACAAAGCUUGCCAGCAGUUAUGUCUAUUUGAGGUGUGAUGUGUGAGUGAACAAUGUGCUGGUAAAAGCCCCUAGUGUAGGCACAGUUACAUUGCCAAAAUUUGCACUUUACCAGUAGAAUUUAUUUUGUUUGUGCGGGGACGAGGACGGACACUGUAAUAAACUAUACCAGCAAAAUGCUAUUUUGCCAGUAUCACCAGAGUCCAUGUUAGCAGCAGUAUGCGGGUAUUGUAUAUUGGUAUAGUUAUAUUGGCAGAGCCUUACAAGUGUAGGACUCCAACACAGUAAGUAACAAAGCGUUGAUUGCCUUUGAAUAGUGAAUAGUUAAGCUCCCCUAAAAAUGAGCAAGAGACGCAGCUUGAUAGCUGUCCAUGUGCAGAGAAAGAAUAGACACACACACACACCCCUCCCGGUCACAAGAAUUGAUCAGAGCUGAUUUAGCUUCUGCUUUUCAGGUCAUGUAUUCCAUCAUCUGUCAUUGGGACUGUUCCGCCUGGAAGAGGGAAUAACUUACAUGGUCAUUCACUAUUCAGAUGGUGUAAAACUGGUGCGAGCUGCAAAUGCCAUUGAGGAAAGAGAAAUAAGUCAAAGGGGCCUGGGGGGAUUAAGCACCCCAUAUGGGUAGACAUCAAGCGGGUAGGUAGAAAAAUGAAAACUGCUGCAUGUGAGCAAAAGUGAUGUGAAAUACAAAUAGUCACUGACAGAAAGCUAGCGUGAGCGGCGCUGACGAUAAAAGGCAACAGUAUAGAGAUGUUUGCUUUCGGGUGUGUCAUUGUACAGUCAUCUUGCCUGAGUCUAGCUCAGAAUAUCACUAAUGAAUUCGAGGUUGUGAGUGAGAGUCCAACACUGAGUUCUGGUCCCAGCUUUGUGCCUCUGUAGAAGAGAAAAACAAAUGUAAUUUUGGGUUGUAAUUGCAGAGGCAUGAGAUCCCAGAACAGCUGUGGAACAGUCUCCAAUGAGAAGUGAUGAGAUUCAUGUUGCUUGGGCCUUUUAACACUAGACUGGGCACAUCCCUGGAAAAUAUUCUGUGUUGGUUGUCUGGUUUGGGGGAGGGGGUAAUUCCUGAUCUGACAGUACACCAGCAGGCUGUUGGGUUUUUUUGUUCUUAAGGAUAAAAAAAAUUAGUACGUCUUUGGAAUUAAAAUGGUAUUUUAUCAAA